GUAACUUAUUUUUGCUCCCCAACUAAAUUAAAAUACGCAAACCAGAAACUUGAGAGCGCUUCCUUCCUUCUUUAUACUUAAAAACGCCAAAACUGUUUCUCAAGAUUCUUCUCAUUGCUUAAAUGGCGGAGUUAGGGUUUUAGCAUUGCCGCUCAAAGUUAUUCCAGAAAUCUAGUAUGGAGUCAGGCGCUUCAUUGCUCUGUUACAAGGUCACCCCUUUCAGCUACACUUUCUCGCAGAAAACCCAUUUGAUUUCUCUCAGACCUUUCAACAAACAGGUUGCGCGCAAGAAUUUCUCUCUCAAAACCUCAUCCGCCUGCUCUCCUCCCAAUUCCUUCAAUCUAUCGACCUGCAAUUCCACUUUUUCAUCACUUCCCACAUGGAAUUCCAAAUUCAUCCGCCCUCUCCGCUCGCUCAAGUGCUCGUAUUCGACUUCGCCGACGCCGGCAGAUUCAGAUUGGCUGAAACCACUAAAGGAUUUCUCCUUUGAAUCCCUAAAAUCAUCCAUCGCCCAAUUGACGCCCCUCGACAUCUGCAAAUGGUGUUUAGGGCUCUCCGCGGCGAUCGCGGCGUUGAAAUGGACGGUGAAUCUGCUCCUCAGCCCGUUUUUCUGGAUGUACUUCAGCUGGACGUGGCUGUUCUGGCCGUGGGCGGCGGCGAUCGCGAUGGCCGCCUACGGCCUCUACAGCCUCGGCAGACACCUAAAGGGGGAAGCCACGUUGGUGGAGCAGCUGGGCGUGGUUACAUCGGCAUUCACGUGGCUGACGCUGGUGCCGCCGGCGCAUUUCAACGGCUUCCUGGAAGGCUGGCCUUUCGUCUUCUUCUUCGUCUACCACUACUUCUUCUUCCUCAACGUGAGCGUGCGCAAGCGUCUCUACGGCGACUACUACGCGCGGGAUCACGACGCUAAAUGGGAUAUCGCGCUGCCGAAUUGGCAGAGGCUUCUGUUCUGCGGCGGAGUGAUGGCGGCGCAUUGGGCGGCGGCGUUUGAAGGGGUGGAGCUGCAUUUGAUCCCCGGUGGGUGGAACAAUGCGGCGAUUUGGGGGUUGAUUGGUGUGAGUGUGUUUAUGCAGUAUCAUUCGACGCUGUAUCUGGCAAAGUAUUCGGAGAAGGUGGUGGUGCCGACGGCGGUGGUGCAGUUUGGGCCUUAUAGGGUGGUUCGCCACCCCAUUUAUGCGUCCACGAUGCUGCUGUUUGUGACAUAUUUUGCGGCGUUGAGAGCUCCGGUGAGUGCUCUGUUGGUGGUGGCGGUGUGCGUGAUGUAUUAUGGGCGGAAGGCGGAGGCGGAGGAGGCGGUGAUGGUGGAGGCCUUUGGAGAGAGGUAUACAGAGUAUGUGAGUAAGGUUCCUUACAAGUUGAUUCCUUUUGUUUAUUAGUUUACUUUGCUCUUCACUUCAACUAAACAUUCAUAUAUUCUUCAUUUAGUCUAAUGCAAAUCGUUUUUAUGGAA